AUGGCAUUAUCUAAUCACGUCGCAUUUUAUCAAGCUGGUGAAAAUGCACAUGGUGGUGUGCUCGUACUAAUUCGAAAAGAUAUUCCUGUUACAAGAGUCUCCUGCUCUCUACCAAAUAUCUGUGUAAUUGAUCUGUUACUGAGCGAGCCAACAAGACUAGUGGCAAUAUAUGCACCAGAAAGUAAAACUUGGAGAUGGUCUGAACUUACAAACUUAACGAACAAUCGAUGCAUUAUCAUGGGGGACUUCAAUGUCGAUAUUGAAAAAGAUGGUGAAAAGGCUGACCAACUACUCGAAUGGAUAGACUCAUGUCAUCUUAGACCAGUAGUUCUGGACUCUAAUACAUCACUUCGUUCAAAUCGUACCAUAGACUACGCCUUAACAACUGGCGUAGAUUUAACAAUUCAAACGUAUGAAGGAACUACCAACAGCGAUCAUAAACCAUUGAUUGGUACCUUUACAGGCAACGAUGCUAAGAAACGUAAGGGGUCCCGUACAGUAUGGUCGGUCUUCUCGCUAUUUUUAUCUUAUACAUAUGAAUUUUGGGAACAGAAAGAAUGGAAUACUCAAGCAUCUGAAACAACGUACGAAGAGUUUAUUACGUUUCUCACGUCGCUUAAUAAUAGAUGUCAACAGUACUUCGCUCUUAAUCAAGCUCGUCCUUCCAUACCGUAUGAACUCCUGAAGUUAUUAGCGUUAAGUCAUUCGUUAUCGUUUAAAGCAAAGCGAAAAGGUGAUAUUCAACUUCGUAAUGAAGCUCGUCGAUUACGUAACGCGACACGUUUUGAACUAAGGCGUCUCCAACAAGAACAACUAACUAAACAGCUGAGAGAAAGGCACACAUCAGGUGAAGAUUCAGCACUCUUUUGGAACAAAACUAAACGACAUUUUCGACAUAUAUCGUCAUCACUCAGAGGCUUCGAAACACCGAAGGGAGAAAUCAUAAGAGACCCUCAGAAUAUGGUAGACACAGCAGCUGAUUACUACGAAAAACUAUUGGAAGCACCAGUAGUGAUACGUCCACAUCCAUACGUUGAUGCUCCUCCGGUCACAUGGGAAAAUGCAACAACACCAAUACCAAACGUUACAUAUCCAGAAAUAAUAAAUAUUCUACAAUCAAGAAAGAAGAAAAAAUCACAAGAUAUUCACGGACUAUCUCCUUUCAUAUUAGACAAAAUUCCUAGAAACUAUUGGCAUCUAUUUGUACAACUUUAUAAUUAUUCAUUUGCAACAUGUCUUAUGGCGAAGAAAUUUAAGGAAGUACGUAUGGUACUAUUGGCGAAGAAAAAUGCUGUGUGUACUCCAGACCAAACCAGACCAAUUUCACUACUCGAUUCAUUCCUAAAGAUACAGGAAAGACUUUUUCUCACUCGAUUUCUACAAAUUCUAAAAGACAGAGGUAUCCUUCCGGAUAAUCAGUCAGGCUUUCGUGCUGGAUAUAGGCUACAAACUCGGGUAUUACUACUUAUAGAACAAAUAUCAUCUUAUAUGGCAAAUAGCUCUCCAGUCGCAACAGUCUUUGUAGAUUUUAAAUCCGCAUUUGAUCAAUUAUGGUUUGAAGGAUGCAUAGGAAAGCUCUUACGACUGGGUGUACCACAAGCGUAUGUCAAAUGGAUUCAAACAUGGCUCUGUGGUCGUAAAGCAAGCAUUGAGAUGCAGGGUAAAAGAUCGCGUUGGAUAGAAAUCAAACGUGGUGGUCCACAAGGUUCAAGUUUGACACUGUCACUAUUUAUCACUUACCAUAGUGAUAUGGCGGAUUUUAUUCCUGGAGCCAUGUCUUUCUUUUUUUGCAGAUGA